AUGUGGCAUCUCUAUGUUGUCAACUGCCCUAACAUGUACGGAUGAAGGCUGGUAUACAUAUUUAAGAAUAAAUUGAAAAUAAAAUAAAAUAAGGACUUCUACCAGGCACCUGAAAUUAACCCUUUUAAACAACUGAUCCAUUCCAUUCUGGUAAGAUAUCUAGGCCUCCCUGGGAGUGAUGGCACCUAGAGGCCUGCUUGAGGCCUGCUUAUGGCAAAUGCCACCCUUCCUAACUUACCAAAGUGGAGGGGCAGCAAGGAGGACAUUCAGUAGGGUUUCCUUUUUCCUCUGAAUGUUGCCACAUCUGCACAGCAGGACACACAGAUGCCUGAAAACCAUGGAAAAGGAGUUCAUAGUGUCUCCAUAUCCUGCUGUGCAUGUGUCUAUAAUGUACUAUAAUAUCUAGAGACAAUAGGGAACAUUUCCCACGAUUCCCAGCAUUAGUACACCGUGAGCAUGAACAACGUUAAAGGCAUGAGGCCCUACUGUGCUGUUUCCUGGAAACUAUCUAAGCUAUCUUCUCCCACAAACACUUUGGUAAGUUUGGGAAAUGUGGGAUUCCUCUCUUCCAUUUUCACUCCACCACUAAUAAAUGCCCUUAUUCAGAAAUACGCAUGUAGAGUUGGGCUGCCCACACUGCGCGCAUCUCAUUGAUUAGUCAGCAUAAUCAGAUCCGAAAGUAUAUCUAAGUCUCACUGUGCAGGGGAGGAGGUAAUUAUCACUUAAUCUUGUCAGUAUGACCAUCUGCUCAGUGCUAUACUGUGGUUUCAGCCCAAUCACUCAAACAGCACAGCCUCACAUCAUAGAUGCCAGAUCCAGCCAUAAGAAUCACCCACACAACCCCUAUUGGCUCAUGUUGUUCCUCAGCCUGACAAAGGUUUGCGCCUGGGAGCAGGGGUUCUUGUUGUGCCCCACCAACUUCCUGUGACAGAACCAGAGGAGGAGGAUCACAUGAAGCUCAAGUAGAGUCAGUGAAAACUAACAAACUCCCUGUUAUUACAAUCUGAGAUCAUGUUCCAGUUGGAGAGGCUACAGAUCAAGGAUCACCAAUCUUUUUAGGCCAGUGGGACCAUUUGGUUUUUUGAGUGAAUUGCUGUGGCCUCUGGUCAUUUCUUUCCUCCCUCCCCUAGAUAGAACUGCUGAAGAAAAAAUGCCAGUUUUUUGCAAACAGAUGCAGGAAAGUAUCAUUAGGACCUCAGGGUAGAAGUUAAAUAGUUUAUAGUAAAGUGUUCUGUAUAUAAAAGAAAGUCAGUCAAGCAAGCAGGACUCCUGAAGGAUGGCAACACCAGUAAAAAAAAGUGGGAAAAGAGAGCAACGGUGGAUGAGGGGAGGGGAGGUGUGUCAGAAGAAGAAAGGAUUCAUAUUGCUUUACAUAUAUGCAUUAGAAAUUUUGUGUUAAUGUAACAGCUGUAUAUGUAACAGCAUUUUUGUUUUUAAAAAUGCUGUUUAAGUUGUCUGUUGUUGCUUUAGUUUUCUGUAUACCACUUAGACUUAUAUUUUAUAUUAAGUAGUAUAAAAAGGUAAAGGUAAAGGGACCCCUGACCAUUAGGUCCAGUUGUGACCAACUCUGGGGUUGUGGCACUCAUCUCGCUUUAUUGGCCAGAAAUAGUCUAAAUAAAACAAGAUUAUUGGCCAGAAAUAGUCUAAAUAAAACAAGAUUAAACUGCAAUAGUAGUUCAGGUAUCUGUAAAAAUCAGAAAAAACAUAGUAAUCUCCAUCCACCCCUCUCCCCAAUGCUCUUCAUCUGAGUUUUGUUAGAACGCUAAACAUAAACUUCAAUACAUUGUAAGCUCAAAAAGUAAGGUAAUUUAAUAAAAGAAAAACAGUUUUAUUAAGUCCUUAUUACUUCCACUUCAUUAUCUGUUCAAUUGGUGGAUUAUCUAAUAUCAUUAAUUUUAACACAGAUCAGAGACAAUGAAUACUGGAUUAGUCUUUUAAAUGUACGGCAUCACCUCAUCUUUUGCUAAUUCUCUGUCACUUUGCAAUAUAUUUUAGUAAUAAAAUUCUCAGAGAUCAUACCCAGAAACAGAAAAAGCAAUGGCUGGAAAAUGUCAAUGAUAGGCAACCUUAUAUUAAUAUUGUUUAAUACUUCUAUGGAAUUAUUUUGCUCAUACAUAGUAAUUAAAUUUCAGAUGAGAAGAAAGCUGUUAACAAUUCCUCCUUCUUACGUACUUUCUUUUUGGAUGGGAAAAAUAGGAAGCAAAACAAGUUGCUGACACAAUUCAAUUUUAUAGCAGAGUCUCCUUUUCAUUCUGCCAAUCAACUCUUCAUCUGGAUUUACUCCUGUAUGCAUUAGCAAUGAGCAAAUAUAAAAGUCGGUUUCUCAGGUGUCACUCCAAACUGGAAGGCAAUUCUGUCUGACCAGUAGGAGGCAGAUAAUAGCAAAGAACUUCCUUGAAGGCACUCCUUAGGAUGUCACAUAGCCCACCUCUUCAGAAACUUUCUUGUCUAAGCAGGAGAUGGAAGUGCUUUUAUGAGAUAUAUGUGGUUUUUAAAAGAGCUGCUUUGAAGAAAAGGAACUGGAAUUUUUUUUCUAACUAAAGAAUGACCAUCUUCUCAGAGUCAAAGUGAAGAAGACCUCACUGUCUCACACAACCCUCAUUAAUUUGGUAAAUUCAGAGUUGGUUAGGUAGGAAAAUUUCCCUAUGCUAAGACUGUAGAAAGGAGCCAGCCAUCCAAAGCUCCUCCAUUCAUUUGUUUAACCCCUUUAAAAUCCCUCUAAAGUGGUUUUAGUGGUUCGGCAUCUAAAAGAAAAGUCCUAUUAUCAUGAUUAGAUACUCGGGGUGGUAUUCCAUUAUGUAUUUGCACUAGCACAAUGAGACCACUUCCCUCCCAAAAAAAUCUGUCUUGGAGAGUGGAGGGAAAUGCCAGAACAGAUUUAGAGGACAUGGGAAAGGGAAGGAGCAGAACGUUCUGCUGCUCAAGGAGAAAUCCUUGCACCAAUAGAACAUUCUUCUUAAAGCUAUGUUGAGUACAACCCUUUGUUUUCUGCAGAGUAAUACUACCAUCACCUGUUAUGUGUCUGAGAGUUACAACAACCUUAUGAGAUGACUGCACAUUUGGACAUCCUAGUCUGCUGCUUAGAAUGGAAUCUGUGUCUUGGAAUAGGGAAAGGAUCCUUCUUGUUACUGAGGUGUCAGUGUUUUAUAUGUUUGUUAAUUAUUGCUUGAAUUCAAAUAGUCUGUUUUCAGCUAGUUACUUUAUUUGGAACCAGAAGGAAGGGUGAUCCAAAGGAGAACCUUACGGAAAAUUCUUCUUGAUGCCAGAGAACAUUAUGGUGGUGAUCUGUAUCCAGAAGAAUUUGAUGUCCCUCUUGCCAGGGACCAAUCACUACCUGGUAGAGUUUGGGCUCACUGCAAGGUUCCAUAACCUCUGCAGAACUCUCUUUCUUGUCCCCAUUAAUUUUAUUAUUUUAAAAUUUUGUAAAUCGUACCUUCACACAAAUAUGGAUUCCACAGUGGUAUACAUAAAAAUUCCAAACGUUAACACAAAAUUAAAACAGACGCUAUCAAAACACAAUAAAACAUCAGAGGCAAGAAACUGACUGCCCGCAAUAAUCUACAGUACAAAUUCAAGCUUUCAAUUGAGGGGACAAAAUGCAUUGUCAAGACGCACUGCUGUUUACUCUGCAGUCAUCUUUGACGGUGCACUUGCGUUCAGACUAUGAUACAAAAUGGUCUAGAUUGUGCGGCAUGGCUGUAGUGUGUAUGGUUUCAAUUUGAAGGCCUUUUGGCCUCUUCCAGAUCCAUGAUUCUAUAAUUGCCAUGACUGACUCACAGCUGCUAGGCAGAAAUUUAUACCUGUGGUGAUGUUUCAUCUCAUCUCUAACUAUUGUUUUUCAGAUCUUUUACAAAAAGAAGUUUUGAAGAAACCCUUAGUUUAUUUACACACUCUGCCCUGCUUUAAAAAGUUAUUUUAAAAAGUUAUUCAACUUCAAAAAGUUAUUUGAUACAGAGAUGCAUACAGCUGUCACUAAGGAAAGAAACUUUCCUUUGAAUUCAAACACUCUUUUCAUGCAUCACUCACAUGUAGGGUAAUCAUAAGAUACUACGGGGAGCAUACAUGGCUGUGCUGCUGGCACUGAACACGGUGCCCUCAACUGGUCCUAUCCCACUGAUGUUUAUGUACCCCACAUGGACAUCUGCAAAUAAACAUCUGCUUAAGCUGCUUAUAAAGAGACACCCAUUUGCAGACUUGGUGCUUAACGUGUGAACAGCAAUGGGGCAAGGCCAGUGGGAAAUGGAACACUGUAGGUGCAGUCUUGCUUCCUGUUGUAUCCAUGAUUGCUGAGAAUAUGAGUAGCAUGUGAAAAGGGCUAGAGAAAAAGGGAAAUUGAUGUCACUCAGGUGACAGGUUUCUUCUCCCCAUAAUGAACUAGACAACACUGAACUCUUAUAGAAUGAACAAUGACAAUACAAGAUGUAUGUGACCUAAAGCAUGAUACAUAACAAUCAUUAUCACUGAUACCUAGUUGAUGCCCAAUAACAGAAGUCCAUAAUUAAGGUCAGCAUGUCAUUAAAGACACAAACUAUGUGAUAGUGAUAGACCUGUACUGUAAAUGCACAACUAAAGAUCUAAAGAUAGGUGUGAGAGUGGUCACGUGGGUGAAAACAGCCGAACACCAAUACUAAGAAAGCUCUAACCCCUGCAGUCCAUCCCCUUAAAUCCCUUCUUCCUUAACCAGGCUCUGAUACAGGAAGUAGGGCUAAUACAUUCUGAGAGAUGUCAGUGUGGGAACAGUUUUGUAUGACAGAGAGAUACUAUGACAAUAUUUUUCCAAUAAAGAAUAGCAUACAUAUUACAGUUGCCAAUAAAAUUGUAAAAAUAACUAAUAUAGCCGUAUUAUAACGAUACAGCACUACACAAUUCCGCUCUUCAAAGACUGUGUCGUCUCAUACUCUUUACAUUUAAAAGAUACAGUGGUACCUUGGUAGUCGAAUGGCUUAGUUGUCGAACAAAUUGGCUACUGAACGUCGCAAACCCAGAAGUGGGUGUUCCGGUUUGCAAACGUUCUUUGGAAGCUGAACGUCCGAUGCAGCUUCCGCGGCUUCUGAUUGCCGCUUCCGGAAGCCGCACCUUGGUUUUUGAACCGUUCCCGGAGUCAAAAAGACUCCUGCAACUGAUUAAAUUCGAGACCCAAGGUACCACUGUAUUGUGAAAGUGUCAAGGUAAAAGGACGGGACUACCAUACAUUCUAAGUGCCCCAAUUUAAGUGGGACAAGCAUGUUUUCUUUGAAGGUGCCCCAGUCUCUGCCUUCAUCCUGGCCUGCCCCAAUUUCAUGUCACCUGUGGAUGGGGACUGUAGAAGCGGCUCCUGUAGCGGCAGAAGCAUUGUAAAGGAGCAUUUUCUAGCCUUUGGGAAGAAGGUAUGAGGCUCUGACAGGAUCCUGCAGCCCUUCUGCCUCCUUCCCAAAGCCAGCAAGCACUUACAGGGCUUUGGGAAAGAGGCAGAAGGGCUUUCACACCCUGUCAGAGCAUCAUGCCUCCUUACCUAAGCCAGGCAGAAGCUUACUGGGUUUUGGGAAGGAAGUGCAAGGCCCGGGUCCUGAUUUUUAUUAGUAGAAUGUUGGAGCUUAUGGACUAGCUUUUAAAAUAAUAUCAUAACUCCUGGCACAUCUUCCUUUAUUUAGAAGCAAAUAUUCUGAUUUAUACACCUGCUAAGCCACAGUGCUUAGCUUUUAAGAUAGUCUAUUAUUCUCAUUAAUUUCCAAGGGAAUCAGCUUGCUUGAAUCUCAGCAUUGUAUCUUAACUGAUUUGUGGACUAUGUGGUCAGCUUCUCAAAAUUAGAAAGAAUGCUGAGUAGAGGAGCUCAUAGAGGGAAGAGAGAAAAUUAAAAGAUUAAUCUUUUCACUACUCAUUAUCAUUGUUUACAGCUUUCAUUUAUCUCUGUUCAGGUGAUAAAUAGACUGAUCUGUUGCACUUUUGUUAUACUCAAUUUCUCUGGAUAAAUAAGCCUUAGUACUUCUUGUAUUUGAUUGUUUCCUUCAGAGACAAGGCUAGCCAACUUUGCUUGGAAUACUUAAAUUCUAGAGGAGGAGCUGUUUUUCUGACUUUGCGCAAUCAUGCAUAUUUCAAAUUCUGAUAGGCUUCUCAAGGGUCCCCAUCUUUCUGUUCUGUGUUUUUAACAUUGCUUCAAAGUUAAUACUGUUUAAGUAUUCAUUGUUUGUGCAGCUGCUAGCAAGCAAACUCAAACUUUAAUCAUCAUCAUCAUCAUCAUCAUCAUCACAAUAAUAAUAAUAAUGAUCACAAUUCUCAGCAAGAGUAAUCUAGUAAAUUGAGUGAGAUACUUUAUAUUUCUCAAGAAAGGAUUAAGUAUACCUUUACUGGAGAUUCUUUAUGGGGUGACUCUUCCACUGGUAUCUGUCACAUUUUAUUUAGCCUUACUUUUAUUUUGUCUAAUAUUUGUGAGUUUUCCGUAUUUACUGCCAUGUUGACCUUAGCAAAAAUUGUAAAUGUGGGAUUGUAGUCAACUUUUACCCAUAGUAGACCCAUUAAAAUUAAUGGCCAUGACUAACUUAGGUCUAUUAACUUUAGUGGGUCUACUCUGAGUAAAAUUUAUUUGACUACAAGAAGAGACAACUGUGGAAAUCUUCUGGAUAGGAUGGCCUGUUGGUUGUUUGUUUGUUUGUUUGUUUGUUUGUUUGUUUGUUUAAUACAUCAAUAGAUAAUUUGAGAUUGAGAACGAAGGUUAGUUCUUAUUUUUACAGGGCUUAUUUUUGCCUACACAUUUGAAAUGGGCCUCAACCAUCAGAAAAAUAAUUGUUUUAUCGGUUUGGAACAGCAAACAGCCAGAAGUCAGCAGUAAAGCACUUGAGAUCACUGUACCUUGAGUCCCACCCUCCGUCCCUCACACACAAACACACACACAGUGCUAGAGACGCUUAUAGCACACUAAUGAGAGCACUGGUAUAAAGGAAGUGAAACUCUUUUACAAGCCCACUGAAAUCCACAGUUCCAUGAAGUCUUUGUUGGCAACAAUCACAAAGGAUCUUGGAAGUCAUAUAAAACCAAAAGUUACCAACGCCAACAUACUUAAAAGCACUAAACCAGUCAGUUGCUCCAUCUUUUCAAAGAGUCAAAUCCUUAUUGGUGAUCCAUAUACUCAUAUGGAAACGGAAGAGGGAGGAGGAAUACUUGCAUCUUGCUUUAUUCAGACACUACAGCCAACAAAUGUUUUUCUAACCAGAAAUUACCUCCAUUUAUUUUAUCUAGACAUACUUCUGAAAGAUGAAGCUAUUUUUUAUAUAUAAAAAAGAAAACAAGCAGUAAGUGUUUCAUAUUAAUGUACAAUACUGUAAUACAUUAGCAAUUUUCCAUUAGUGCAAGUACAUCUAUAACAACUCAGCAAGAAAGAUAUACACCCUCAUGGCUCUUUCAUUUAAAGACAGAAUUACAGGAAAAUAAAUAAUAACUAUUUGUUCUGCAAUGCAAGAACAUCAAGGCACCACUGGGUAUCAAACAACCUCAGGGAAAGAAAUAUACAUAUCACUGGAUAUAGCCUGGAAGGAAUUUAUAAAACUUAUUUGAAUAACAUGCCCAAUAAUAUGAACUCCAGAGAAUUAUUACAUGCCUGUGUAAUUUAAAUAUAUAUUGUGGGUCGCACAGAACCAUUAAAUAUUAUUAAUAUGUGUAUUAUUUAAUAUAAUUCACUUUGAUAUGCAGAUUCCAUGAAAUACUGCCAGAACAAAAUGAAGCUAGAAAGAUACUGAUACUUCGUCAACAACUCAUAUGCUGAAGACUCUAAACAGCCAAUGUUUGCCUGUACUUUUGCAGCUUCAUUUUCUAUUGUCUUCUGAUUUGCUUGCUUUGUUCCUUACCAGCUUGUUCAUAAUUUCAUUUCAUUUGUAAUUUUAUUUGUAUGCCACUUUUCCAUACACAAAAAAUGUGCUUGAAGCGGCUUACAACAAAGAAAACAGGAAUCUAUUUCAAAAUCAAACAGUACAAAAACAAUUUCAUAACAACAUAAUAAAACAACAGCACAACAGCAAAUAUAAAAACAUACAAAAACAAAAUUUCAGUACUAUAAGCAAGAUUAUGUGAAUGACAUCCAACAGCAAAAAUAACAGCCUGACAGCUUCACCUUCUCCCUUGGUGUUCCUCACCUACUGAAGCUUCCAAAAGCAAAGAGUGGGGUGGUUGGAAGUGCCAUCUCGGUGUGUGCGUGUGUGUGCGUUUGGGCACACACUGUGGGUGCUCAGCCGGGCGACCCAAUGAGUCAUGAGUGUGACGUCGCACAGAGCAACAUAGGCACAAUCUCCACAAGGGUUCAGCCCAGUUGCUGCCACAGUGCCAGAGAGCCAACAGAGGCAAGGCAGCCAGCAGUGGUGGGCGGAAGCCAAGCAGCUUGCAAGCAACGUGAUAUCACCCACAAUCUGGGGCUCAACCGAUGUUUGCUCCAAUUCAGCAGUAAAGAUUGGGUUUCCCAGGGUAAAGUGGUGGGACAAGCGGAAAUCUGGAUGAGCCCCAAGCUCAAAAAACAAGGAGCAGAGAGACAUAUAUAAUAAUUAUCAAAAAUGUCCAUCUGCCUACUUGUAGAAGUGGUACAUUAAAAACUGUACGGCUAUCGGAAAGCUGUUUCUUACGUACAUUAUUAACCAGCACAUAAAAUGUUCAGAAAACAACUAUAGGUAGUAUUCAGCUAAAUUUUACUCUAAGUGAACCCACUUAAAUUAAUGAACAUGACUAAGUUUGAGGGCCUUCUUGGUAGUGGCACCUGUCCUAUGGAACUCCCUCCCAGUGGAUAUCAAGGCAAUAAACAACUAUUUUACUUUUAAAAGACAACUGAAGGUGGACCUGUUUAGGGAAGUUUUUAAUGUCUGACGCUGUAUUGUUUUUAAUAUUCGGUUGGAAGUCGCCCAGAGUGGCUGGGGAAACCCAGCCAGGUGGGCAGGGUAUAAAUUAUUAUUAUUAUUAUUAUUAUUAUUAUUAUUCACCAGCAAUAGUGUAAACAUGCUGAAGUCAAGUCAGCAUCCCAAUGGCAAGUUUUUCCCCGCUCUCCAGACAGGCUGCAAGGCUUGGGAUGAGUUGGUAUCUACCGUUUUUUUUGCUCUAUAAGACGCACCAGACCAUAAGACGCACCUAGUUUUUGGAAGAGGAAAACACGAAAAAAAAUAUUCUGAAUCCCAGAAGCCAGGACAGCAAGCGGGAUCGCUGCGCAGCAAUCCCGCUGGCUGUCCUGGCUUAUGGGACAGCCCCACGCAGCCUCUCCCAAGCAAGGGGAGCCUUCAUCCCCCUGACCGGGAGAGGUUGCAUGCGGCUAAGGCUCCCCCAAGAGCCGCACACACGCUCCACGCGGCUCUUUAAAGGGAGCGCUGAGCAGAGCCUCCUGCCUGCAUUCGCUCCGUAAGACACACACACAUUUCCCCUUACUUUUUAGGAGGGGGAAAGUGCGUCUUAUAGAGCGAAAAAUACGGUAAAUCCCCACUAUCACUCACAGCCACCACAUAUUCUAUUGCAUUUUCAUGCAAACUACAGGCAAUAAUCAUGUGUUCAAUCCACAUUAUGAUGGCCAUAUUAAAUUUUAUUGCAUUCCCUUAGAGACUAUGUUAGUAAUGCAUGCAGAAAUGGGUUUUCAAGGUCUACCAGUAAAAGCAGUGGGGUGGGGUAGCAAAACCUAAUAAUAGUUUUCUAGCAUUUUAAUCAACAGCUUGAUUUAAGGGCUCAGAUUAUGAAACAGCUUUCCCUAUGAAGUGUGGCUGACCCCUUCCCUCACUAUUUUCACACGUUACUGAAAAACUUUUAAUACCAGACACCUUUUAUUUUUUGAAGGCGGCAAUGUUUUUAUGCAUCUUCAACUGCUGACCCAGGGGUUUUUUGUUUUUGUUUUGCAGUUAAUGUUAUAUGUGUUAAAGACUCCCCUGAGUUUUACACUAGAAGGGUGAGAUAUGACUAUUUUAACUAAUAAGAGCCAGCUGAAAAAUUAGAAGCCCCAUGAGGAAACUGCCCCAAAUCUCCUUUGCAUGGUAGAGCUCCUUAUGGGGGAUUUAACAUAUGAAAGCUGCUUUAAAUGUUUUAACAUAAACACAUGGAAGUGUUCCCCACAUUAGAAACUGUGCAGAAAGUCUCUCCAUGCCAACCCAGUGAUGGCAGCUUUCAGGUGGUCAUCAGACUGCAGGCAGUGAUCACCAUUUCCCCAGCAUCUACAGAAGUCCAGUGAAUCAGUGAUGGUUGGAUAAUGCCUUUGCAAUUUAUAUUAAAUGUGAAUUGUGGCCAAGGACAUAUUAAAAUAAGCUUGUAGUUAAAUUUCAACUAUGCUAGCCCCAACUUUACACCCAUUAUGCAACAUUCAAAGACUUCUGAUCAAAGCUGUUAAAUGUAGUAUAAUACUUCACACUAAUGAAUUGCUUUGUGUAUGUCUCCAAUAAGAUUACAUCAAGAUGCUUUCACUUAGAUAUCUUACAAACAACAAUGAGAUUUUUCAGUGCCUUUGAGAACAUCUACACUUUUGAAAUGCCACACAAAGGAAUGCAUCGAACAAAAGAAAAAAUGGUAAUUAUACUUUAAAUUAUUAUGCUACAACUAAAAUGCCUUGCAUAACAUCCUCGUUAUAGACAAGGGUUAACAGCAGAAGAGGGGCAAAACUCUCUCUACAGCGGUACUGGUUGCAUUUAGUUAAGACCAUUGCAAAAAGUUUGUAGGCACAGUCCUAUCAUUGAAUUACAUUCACUGGAUCAGGACAGGACUCCAAAUAAACUCGUUGCACCAGCAGGAUGCAGAGAUACACUAUCAUAACUGAUUUAUGCAAAGGAAUAUGAUUAAAACCUAUAUUCAAUGAAAGAUCAGUCCCACUCCAAACACUGGUAUAAUGUUCCACAUAUAAAAGUUGUGUUUCACCACUGAAGUCAGUAGGAGUCCAAAAUUACUGCCCCGGUCAUAAUGGGAGGUGGCAUUCAGACCAGCUUUACAGCCAGUCAUAGCAAGCUAGUAGUAAUACAUAAGAUCCAGAAGAAUCAGUGCUCAGAAUGAAGUAGUCAACUGGACAUCUAGAAAGGAAGCUAGACUGUAAACAUGAAGGCAAUGGUCUAAGGCUUAUUAGGCAGAUUAAGAGGUGCUGCUGUUGCGAAGGAUGCUUGGCCCUUAAAAACUAUGACUAAACAAUCAGAAGGAAUAAACAUGAAACUUUUAAAAAUCUUUGCUUCUGAAAAGAUUUGGUCUCUUCUAACAGGAGCAACUUGCAGCAAGAAGUAAAGGAACAGAAACGAAACAAAUGAUGCCUUGUGCCUUUAACAGCUAUGUGUCUGGCACAAAUUAAACAAGCCAAGCCUUUUUAGUAUGGAAAUACAAUUAUGGGAAAGUUUCACCAGUUGACAUUCUGUCAAACAUCUGAUAACUUGUGUGCAACGUAUAACUUAUUUUGGGACUCCCCACAUUCUGAAUGCUAGGGGGAAAUGCCAAAGUUGAUUUUUUUUAUAAACUAAAAAGUUCAUUUUGAUAAACUUGAAUCGAACUGCCUCCUUUUUAAACAGAAAUUCCCAAGCACUGUAAAGAACACACAUCUGAUAUAUCUGCUGUACACACACUACCCGCUAAAGCAUCCGAAAGCAUAAGCAACAGCUCCAAUCUCCUGGGAUACUGCUGGUGUGAUAAGCCAGUCAACUGCAUGAACUGAGGAGGGGCAGGAGAGCAGAACAAGGUCAGAGAUGAAAAUAACAAGCAACUACUGAGAACUUGGGGCAGUGCGGCAGAAUGGGAUGAUGGAGAAGAGCAAAACUAAGUUCGUGGGUGAGAUGACGUGAAACUGGGGACUCCGUGGCUCUCAGCUCAUUCUCUUAACCAUCACUAUGUACACUAGCA